UAUUGACUUGUUUGCUAUUUGUUUUGAGACUUUUAUGGUUAUGAAUUGAGUUGAGAUAAACAAACAACAUCAUUGUAAGCAAAGAAUAAAUGAUGGCUCAAUCGCAUUCAAGAAAAAGAAUGGAUGAAUUGAUGAAAUGGAGAAGAGAGAGAUUGUCGUAUUCCUCCUUCUCACCGAUAUUCGUAUCUCUUAGUUGUGUUGUCACUUGCUGCAAUCAUAUUUCAUUCCAUUGUACCAAGUACAAGAACGUUACACCUUCAAGAAUAAAGUUACCAACUACUAUCAUCACUUGUAGUCAACGUCAUUCAACUCCUAGUCAACAGUUCCAUCAAGUGACUUGCAAACUACUUUCUUCUGUGGGUGCCGUUAUCGUCUUUUUGUGUGUUGUUCCUUUGACUUGGUCUCUGACUGAAGAACAAUCUUGGGUAUGGGAAGCUUGGAAAUAUAUCGAUAAAUAUUAUGUAGACUCAAGUAUUCACCCUACCUGGUCUCAACUACGACAAAAGGUUCUUCGUCAAGUCAACUCUAACAACGCCCAUUCCUUGAUAAAAGAUAUGUUAUCAACUUUACAUGAUCCUUAUACUCGACUAUUGGAACCUGAAGAAUAUCAAUCUUUACAAGCAACGGCAACUGGACAAUUGACUGGAAUUGGUAUUCAAAUGGCUCCUCAAAUAGAAAAUGACAAGGUGUUGAUUACUUAUGUUUAUCCACAGUCUCCAGCAGCGUUGGCAGAUAUUCGUACAAAGGAUGCCAUCAUUGCUAUCGAUCAUUUUUCAGUUUCCCAAGCAAAGAAUGUGGAACAAGUAGCUAUGCAUAUUCGUGGAGAGAAAGACACUCUUGUACAUAUGAUAUUGGAAAGAAAUGGACAACGAUUAUCCAAAACUAUUCGACGCCAAGAUUAUGUAUUGAAAACGGUAGAAAGUAACAUUUUCAAACCUUUUUCUGCAUCCCAACAAAUUGGCUAUCUACGAAUUCGUAGUUUUGAUUUUCAUACCGUAGACCAAGUGAAAGAAGUAUUGACGAAUUGGAAACGACAACAUAUCGAAUGUUUGAUAUUGGAUUUGAGAGAUAAUGCAGGUGGAUAUUUUCCUGCUGGUAUAGGAGUUGCUAGUUUGUUUCUUCCUCAUGAUAAGGUGAUUGUCUAUACUGUGGAUUAUCGUGGAAUAGAAGAAACUUACAAGUCCACUCAACCGGGCAUUUUUAUAGAUGGUUGUGUAGUCAUUUUGGUCAAUGAGAAUACUGCAAGUGCAAGUGAAUUGGUAACUGCAGCUUUACAUGAACAACGAGGGUCGUUGAUAUUGGGUCAUAAAACUUUUGGAAAAGGCAAGUUGNGAGUUGUACAACGAGUAUUUCCUUUAUCUGAUGGAAGUGCUAUUGCUGUUACGACGAUGAAAUACUUGACUCCCAAUCACAUAGAUAUACAUAGAAAGGGAAUUGAUGUGGAUAUUCCUACAAGUUGUAAAGUAGAUAAUUCUUUGGAGUGUUCACCUCCUGUAUCCUAUCAAUUACGGUGUUUAUCUAUUUGUCCUAUCCGAUGAGGAUUCUCAUAAGGAAAAGGAAAUCCAAGCUAAGAUUGCGCGGGUUUGGAAUGAAUGGAUAGAGAGAUUUGAUUGAUUGGUGGAAGAAGAAGAAGAGAGGUGGUGUGCAAUGGAUACAGGAAACCCUUAUACGUCGGUAGGAGUAAGAAGUAAUACGAGAGCAAAGACAACCGAAUCGAAGAAAAAGUGGAAAAAAAUUCUCCCUUACCUUGGAGGUGUCGUUAUUCUAGGAUUGGUGGUGGGUUUAGCCAAGGCCAAGCAUAGUGAAGACACGGGUGAAAAGAAGAAGACAGUUGUCAAAAAGUAAUAAGUUGGUGGUCUCUGCUAUUAUCUCUUUUGCACAACUUGUGGGUUUACAGUUGGUUGAUUUUUCGGAAAAGGGUUUUUUUUGUGUUUGUUUUGUCGCGUAGUCCAUUUAUCUAUAAAUAUAUAUAUAUAUAUAUAUCAAUGUAUAUGUGUUUGUUUGUUUUCUAUUUUAUUUUUUGUGUGGAUAAGAAAAUAUCCAAAAUGCUAUUUUCUAUAAGGAAGGAGGAGUAGGAGGAGGAAGUGUCUCUUUUCUUUCAUGAAAAGGAAAAAUGCUAUGUUGAUAACGGUCCUUGUGUCCACAAGAAAAAUGCGCCCAAUUGG